UCCUUUUCUUUUCCUUUUCAAUGUAAACAAGUGCAAAAUUGGAAAGAAAUAAGGUGAUGAUGGUUUAGGCCCACCACACAAGUAACAGUAGUUCCAACCGUGAUUGGAACUGUUUCUUCAGAUAAGCUCAUUUUCAAUGAAUUUGAUAAGCAAACAACAGCCAAUGAACUACUCCUAAACGCAAACAAACAUCACCCUUGGCUUUUGCCAAUUGUCAUCGUUUCAAGACAUGCCUCUCUCUGCUGCUGAGCAAACUCAAACUCAGACACCCUUUUUAGAAUCAGAAACCUUGAAUAGCACCGUUGAUUACAAAGGUCGUCCAGCCCAAAAGGCCACUUCUGGUGGAUGGAGAUCGGCAUCUUUCUUAAUAGCUGCAGAAGUUGCAGAGAGGUUUGCCUAUUAUGGGAUUUCUUCAAACCUUAUAACCUACUUGACGGGGCCGCUCGGACUGUCCACAUCAAGUGCAGCAGAGAAUGUAAAUGCAUGGCUGGGAACAGAUUUGUUGCUUCCCUUCAUUGGAGCCUAUGUUGCUGAUUCUUUCCUUGGCCACUACCGCACCAUUUUCAUUUCUUCAAUCAUCUACGUUCUGGGAUUAGGCUUGUUGACUGUAUCGGCUACACUACCUUCUUCCAAUGCUUGUAGCUACCCAAAUGCCAAUACUGUCAAGUCAUGUUCUCCUUCUCAGCUGCAAGUGACUGUAUUCUUCUUUUCUCUUUAUCUAAUAGCCAUAGGGCUAGGUGGGCAGAAACCUUGCAUCGAGGCUUUUGGAGCUGACCAGUUUGAUGGGGAAGACCCUGAAGAGAGAAAAGCCAAGAGCUCAUUCUUUAAUUGGUGGUUUUUUGGUGCCUGUGCAGGUGUCCUUGUAUCGCUUCUCAUCCUGGUAUACAUUCAGGAUAAUUUGAGUUGGGGUCUUGGAUUUGGAAUCCCUUGUAUUUGCAUGAUACUAUCCUUGCUUCUUUUCUUACUUGGAAUCCCAACUUAUCGCUAUAAAAUCAAAAGAGAUGAGAAGAAACCAUUUGCAAGGAUUGGUCGUGCAUUUGUUGCUGCAAUUAGGAACUGGAGAAGUACUACUCCAGUUGUAGCUAUUGAGGAGGAAGCUUGCGAAACCCUGCCAGCUCUUACAACUUCUCAGCAAUUUAGUGCUGAUGACAUUGAAGAAGCAAAAGCAGCGUUAAGGCUGAUUCCAAUAUGGACUUCAAGCUUGGUAUUCGCCAUUGCGAUUGCGCAAUGCCCAACCUUUUUUACCAUGCAAGGAAAGACAAUGGACAGAACAGUUGUGCCAGGCUUUGAAAUACCAGCAGCCUCACUUCAAGCCUUGACCAGCAUCACAAUUCUCGUCUUCAUCCCCAUCUAUGAUCGCAUCUUUGUUCCUAUAGCGAGAACCUUCACCGGGGAACCUACUGGCAUCAAGAUGCUGCAAAGGAUUGGAACUGGAAUAUUCCUAUCUGCGAUUUGCAUGAUAGUUGCUGCUGUCAUCGAGACAGAAAGGCUUGAAAUUGCUAAAAUAAAUGGGCUGGUCGAUGAACCAAAUGCGACAGUUCCAAUGAGCAUGUGGUGGCUAGUUCCUCAAUAUAUGUUGCUUGGAGCUGCGGAUGUAUUCACUAGAGUUGGCCUGCAGGAAUUUUUCUAUGAUCAGAUAUCGAACGAACUGAAGAGCGUAGGUGUGGCCCUGUAUCUAAGUGUGUUUGGGGUAGGAAAUUUCCUGAGUAGCAUACUUGUCUCCAUUGUUGAGAAAGCAACAGAAGGUGGGUGGUUGUCUGAUAAUCUAAAUCAGGCCCAUCUUAAUUACUUCUACUGUUUACUGGUCGGAGUCAAUGUAGUUGGACUGGGGGCCUUCCUGAGUAUUGCCAAGUCUUACGUUUAUAGCAUUACUGGCUGUGUCGACUACAAUGGCAGCCCCGUCUUCAGGUCCAACUCCGGCGGAUGGAAAUCUGCAUCUUUCAUUAUAGCUGUGGAGGUUGCUGAGAGGUUUGCGUACUAUGGAAUUGCUAACAAUUUGAUAACCUAUCUGACGGGGCCACUUGGCCUGUCCAUGGCUGUUGCUGCCGAGAACGUGAACGCCUGGUCUGGGGUCGGUUCCCUGCUGCCACUUUUAGGUGCAUUUGUAGCUGAUUCUUUUCUUGGGCGUUAUCGGACAAUUCUUCUUUCUUCUGCAAUCUAUAUUUUGGGACUCGGAUUGUUGACCCUAGCUGCCAUGCUUCCUUCUCUCAGCACUUCAGGAUGUCUAAACACCAAUUCCAACACAUUAUGUUCUACUCAAAAUCAAGUAAUCUUAUUCUUUUUCGCACUUUACCUAGUUGCAGUUGGGCAGGGUGGGCACAAGCCGUGCGUUCAGGCUUUUGGUGCAGAUCAGUUUGAUAAACAAGACCCCAAGGAGUCCAAGGCCAGAAGCUCCUUCUUCAACUGGUGGUUUUUUGGUUUAUCUGCUGGUUUCUUAAUAAUGAUCCCUGCUUUAUUCUAUAUCCAGGACAACCUUAAUUGGGUUCUUGGAUUUGGAAUCCCCUGCAUUUCUAUGUUGACCGCACUAGUCAUAUUCUUGCUUGGAACUAAAACUUACCGAUACAGUGACAAAAGGGAUGAGAAAAGCCCAUUCAUGAGAAUUGGCCGGGUUUUUGCUGCAGCUAAGAAUUGGCGAGCUACUUCAUCAGCAAUGGGUGUUGAAGAGGAAGAAGCUAGUGGAACCCUGCUUCACCAAAGUUCAAAGCAAUUCAAAUUCCUCAAUAAAGCCUUGAUUGUAACGGAUGGUUCAAAGGACUAUGGGAAUAUUUGUAGCAUUGGUGAUGUUGAAGAAGCAAAGGCAGUUCUGAGGCUUGUUCCCAUAUGGGCUGCAAGCUUGGUAUAUGCUAUUGUAUUUGCUCAGUCCCCAACUUUCUUUACCAAGCAAGGGGAGACUAUGGACCGAACAAUUACACCAAACUUGAGUGUACCAGCUGCUUCUCUCCAAUGCUUCAGCAGCCUCGGCAUUGUCCUCUCAGUUCUCAUCUAUGAUCGCAUAUUUGUUCCUCUAGCAAGAGCUUUGACUAGGAACCCUGCUGGAAUUACAAUGCUUCAGAGAAUUGGAACCGGGAUUCUCUUAUCUGCUCUAUCAAUGGUAAUUUCAGCGCUGGUUGAGAUGCAGAGGUUAAAAACUGCUCGAGAAUAUGGCCUAGUAGAUAAGCCAAAGGCAAUGGUUCCAAUGAGUGUUUGGUGGUUGGUUCCCCAGUACGCCCUACUUGGUGUGUCUGAUGUGUUCACCAUGGUUGGUCUUCAAGAGUUUUUCUAUGAUCAAGUUCCAGAUGAACUAAGGAGUGUGGGCCUUUCACUUUACCUGGGUAUCUUUGGUGUUGGAAGCUUCUUGAGCAGCCUGCUUGUCUCCACCAUUGAGAAAGCAACUGGUGGGAAUUGCCGAGAUAGCUGGUUUGCAGAUAAUCUCAACAGGGCACAUCUGGAUUACUUUUAUUGGCUACUUGCAGGACUUAGUGCUGUACAAUUGGGUGCUUACUUGUAUUUUGCAAAAUGCUACAUCUAUAACAGGACAAGCACAUUAUAAGUUAACCCUGCUUAUUAUUACUGCAUUCAUAGCCUAACAAAGCCAAGGUUUUGUGGUUUAA